AUGCACCGCGCUGCCUCCAACCAGCGCUCGGUCUCCUCCUCCUCGGGCUCCUUCCAGCCGCUGCCGCCGCCGCCGCUGCCGCACGCCGCCGACCGGCAGCCCCUCUUCCCGGGGGGCUCCAGCAGCGGCGGCAGCCGGCGGGGCUCGGGGUCGAGCUCGGGCUCGGCGCGGGCCCGCCGCCCUCGCAGCCCCCGCAGCAGCACCGAGGAGGAGGAGGAGGAGGAAGAAGAGGAGGACAGCAUCAGCAUCAGCAAGCCCCUAGUGCCGCCGCCCGCCGCCCCGCUGCCCGCCGCCGCCUCGCCGCUCCCAAGCACCAGCAGCAGCAGCAGCAGCGGCGGCGGCGGCGGCGGGAGCCCGGGCCGCAGCAUGACGGCGGCGGAGCUGGGCUUCCAGGCGCUGUCCCUGGUGCUGCUGCUGGGGCAGGGCGCGCUGCUGGACCUCUACCUGAUCGCCGUCACCGACCUGUACUGGUGCAGCUGGAUCGCCACCGACCUGGUUCUGGCGGCCGGAUGGGGCAUCUUCUUCUGCCGCAACAGCCGGGCUCGCCGCCGGGAGCGGCCCCCGCCGCCCCCCGGGCCGCCGCCGCCACACCCGCUGCUGCUGCACGGCCCCCCGGGCGGCCGCGGGGCCGGGGGCCGCGGGGCCGGGGGUCCCCCCCGCGGCGGCGACUUCGCCUACGCGCACCUCGCCUGGCUCAUCUACUCCAUCGCCUUCACGCCCAAGGCGGCGCUGAUCCUGGGCACCUCCAUCCUGGAGCUGAUCGAGCUGCGCCUGCCGCUGGGCACCACCGGCUUCCGCAUCACGCUGGCGCUCUCAGCCCCGCUGCUCUACUGCCUGCUGCGGGCCAUUGGCACCGAGGGCUCCGGGCAGCUGCUCCUGCCGCCGCAGCCACCGCCACAACACCGCGCCGCCGCCGCCUUCCUCGCCACAUGCCUCGACCUGCUCGACAGCUUCUCCCUGCUGGAGCUGGUGCUGCAGCCCGGCCGGCCGGCCCCGCUUCCCGCCCCGCUGCGCUACCUCCUCAUCGCCGUCUACUUCCUCUGCCUGGCCUCGCCGGUGCUGUGGCUCUACGAGCUCAGCGCCGCCCGCCCCCCCGGGGCCGCCCGCCUCGCCCUCCACCUCCUGCUGCCCGCCGGGCUGCUGGACGCCCCGCUCCUGGCGCUCCGCUGCCUCCUGCUCCUGCGCUACCAGCAGCCGCUCUCCCUUUUCAUGCUGAAGAACCUCUUCUUCCUGGCCUGCCGCGGCCUGGAGGCGCUGGAGACCUGCUGCCUCCUCAGCCCCGCCGCCCCCCCGCCCGCCAAGUACGGCCCCGCCGCCGCCGCUCCCGCCGCCGCCGCCCCGCUGGCCCACGGGCUCUCCGACGUCGACGUGGGCCCCCACGGGUAUGUGAACGCUUUGGCGGUCACCGCCCAGGGCUGACCCCCCAACCCCGGCCGCUGUCCCCGCAGAGUCUCCCGCCGCCUCCGGGUCUGCUCCCGGCAGAGUCCCUCUGCCUUUCUGCUCAGGUUCCCGCCGCCCUGCCCGAGCAGGGGAAGGGGACGCGGGCUCCCCCGCCGGACUCUCGCUCUCCUCCUCCUCCCUUUCCUCCGGGCGAGUCCAGCAGAGAAGCUCAGCGCAAAUCCGACUACCCGCAGAAGCCUACUGCUGAUGCUUGUCCCCGGCACUUGGCUUUUAGUGCUUUUGCCCCUCCACGCUGUUUGGAGGGUCCCACUCUUCCCCUCCCGCUUCCCGCCAGGACAUUUUCUUGCUUUGUGACCAUAAAGGUUUAGUUUUUCCUUUUCCUUCUCAACUACAGCGACCGGUGGCUUUUGUUCCCUCCUUUGAGAACUCCUGCUGACCUCAGCGACAUGUGAGGGGGUCUGACCAGCUGAGACGUGCCUUCAGGGUGCGAGCAGGACAAAAGGAAGCACGCUUUGGUCUUGCAAAGCUGCUACCUCCUUUUCUCUGCAGCAGAGCUGCAAGGAGGGUCUUUGCCUGCCAGCUGGGGAACCUUUGGGAGCACACCGGCUGCCUGGUCAUUUCAAGCCUACGGGCCACUCUCUUCAAGCCGAAAACGUCUACCUCUGUGCUUCAACCUUUCACAUCUUUUCUUGACUUUACAUCCUACAGGAACACGUGAAUCUCGUCUGGACACAUAAUCCAGGGGCUUAGUCCCCAUUUCACUACCACCAAGACAUUUAUUUCUGGUGAGAACAGGGUUUACAGCAGCCUAUUGCUUACUUCAGACAGCAGCACCCACAUGCCGGGGCUUUCAUUUUUCUGUGAAUAUGCAUGUUUAUGAUAUUAGUGUUGGUUUUCUUUUACACAGAGUAGGGACUCCCUUUGUAUCAGCUGGGAAGGCUGGAAAUUUUUCCUCUGGCCCCUUUCCUUGUUGAUUGAGAGCAGAGAUUGGGCUAAACCUGCCAACUGCCCCCUCUCAAACAGCAGAGGAUGACAGCGCUGCUCGGGCUGGGCCCUGCACUUGGUGAACCUCACUUUUCAGCACAGAAAUCGAAGUGCUGCAGGAGCCCCUGAAGCAGAGGAGCUCCCGAGCUUUGGUGAAAGGCCACAUACCAGCACUCUGUCCUCUGUGUGCAUGUGGUUAAGGGUGGGUGGGGAACAAGUUAGUUGUUAGUAAGCUGUCAUAGAAACACAGUCCUCUUUCAUUUUAAGCUCCAUGAAUGUUUGGUGGGGGUUAAGGCCUGCUCUUCUGCCUGGCUACAGCUGCUCCUAAAACCAGCCAAAUGGAAGCAGGAGCACAGAAGCCACGUUUGGAGGAAGGACUUUGCCUUCUCCAGGCUUAUAUUUUGUUAUUUGGGCAAGCCUGUAUUCAUUGGGAAAAUGCCAAUUUCCUGUCUCAAGCCUUUUUUCAAGCUGUCCUGAUGGGAAGGGGAAAUAAAGCACAACUCACUGCUCCCCAGAGCCAACAGCAGUGCAUGGGUGUAGCCCAAAAUUCUCCAGCACACUCAUCCAUUCCUUCUUUCAGGGCUCAGCCUUCAGUAGGACUGAGCCUCUGUCCCACUUCCCGUUUCACAGAGUGGGAUCAACCACCUGCUCCAGUGGACUGCUAAGACAAAAUGUUUACAGUCUGGUAACUUCCAGCUCCCACAGGCAGAAGUGGGGGGGUGCGAUGGGGCACUUCUACCCUAGCUCUUGGGUAGCUGAGGAGUUUCAAGGGGCUAGUAAAGCCCCUAGAACAGAUGGAGCAAUAGUGCUUUUCUGUUCAGAGCUGCAGCUAGGAGGGGUGACUUGCUGCUCUCCCCAUGCCACAUGGAGAGUUGGCAAAGGCUAGGUUUAGCUUUCCCACCAGUGCUUUAUUUUUAACCUGAGCCCUUGCAUGGGCAAAUGUGUGAACUUGGGCCAGUGGCCUUUCUCUUCCAUAACUUCUUUUUGUCUGGACAAUCUUGGUGCUGUGAGUGACCGUGAUUGUAAAACUUGGUACUGUGAACUUUUCCUAUGUGAUGUGAAGUGUGUCGAGGGGAUGCUAAGUUCCUGGCCAAAGGAGGUGUAAUUACAGGUGUAUUACGGUUGUAGAGAGAUUUGUUCCCUUGCACUUUCCUUUUUCAGCAUUAAACAGAUAGUAAAAGCUCAGAAAGAACAGGAUUACUCUAAAGAAAAUGAGAUUCCUGUACCUAGGAGCACUCCAUACUUCAUUGCAACAGCUCAAGAAAAAAAAAAGAGAAAA